UCAUCUUUCAUUUCACUUGGAAAUGGAAUUGUGCAAAUGUUUAAAUUUUUUUAGAAACUAUUUUUAGUUUUUUCGCACGUUUUACAUAUUCAUAAAUCUGGUGUUGACAUAGAUUUCUUCUAUUAAAUAGUGGCUGUAUUAUUUCAGUAAUAUAUUUAACACAAUGGGAAGAAAAUCACAGUCAAAACUAAGUUCUAAAAAGAAUGCUAACAGGGAAAAUAAUAGAAUAGUACAAAAGCGCAAAGAACUUGCGAUUCUUGCGGAUAAACUACUUCGAUUAACAAGUAUAAUAACUCAAGUGUCUAACAUUGGAAAUAGCUGGGAACUUCACAAACAAAUUGAAGCAGUCAUCAAAGAAAUAUUAAUUAUUGAAGCACCAUUCAAUAUUAAAACAAAACAAAAUCCACGUCACUUAAAUAUAGAAAAUUUCUUAAAAUGGUUAAACGAAAAUGUAGCUACAUUUGAAGGUGUGGAAAUUGGUGAAUUUGAAGGCUAUGAAUUUGGUUUAAAAGCAACAAAGAACUUUAAAGAGGGUUCACUAUUGCUCACAGUGCCCAGUAAACUUAUGUUGACUGUACAAAAUGCCAAGGAAUCUGAACUAUCAGAUUUUAUCAGUGUGGAUCCUCUUCUACAAAAUAUGCCCAACAUAACAUUGUCAUUAUUUUUAUUAUUGGAAAAAAAUAAUCCAGAUUCUUUUUGGAAGCCAUAUAUUGAUAUUCUGCCAGAAAAAUAUUCAACCAUCCUUUACUUCACCGCUGAAGAACUAGCUGAACUCAGGCCUUCUCCAGCUUUUGAGUCAGCUCUAAAACUUUAUAAAAGUAUUGCAAGACAAUAUGCAUAUUUCUACAAUAAAAUACAUACUUCUAAUAUACCAGUCUUGAAAAAUCUCCAAGAAAUUUUCACAUUUGAUAACUACAGGUGGGCUGUGUCCACUGUAAUGACGCGGCAGAACAUGAUACAGCUGGAUGACUGUGACGUCACGUCAUUUAUACCCUUAUGGGAUAUGUGUAACCAUGAACACGGAAAGAUCACAACCGACUAUAACAAGGAACUAAAUAGAGGCGAAUGCUACGCACUGCGCGACUUCCAACAAGGCGAACAGAUCUUCAUAUUCUACGGUGCGAGAUCCAACGUUGAUCUGUUCUUGCACAAUGGUUUUGUAUAUCCAAAGAACCAAUACGAUAGUCUAUCACUAUCUCUGGGUAUAAGUUCAAGUGAUCCACUGCGCGAAACUAAGCUAUCCUUAUUAAGCAAACUGGGUCUCGCCGGAGUGACACAUUACAACCUAUACCGUGGUGAAACACCCAUCAGCGCUGAGCUGCUCGCCUUCAUCAGGAUAUUUAAUAUGAAUCAGGAGGAAUUGGCAAAGUGGUCGAGCCAGGGUUUGCCCAGUGACCUGGUAUCGUCCGAGUCCUCUAGCGUCGAUGCAGUGGGCGCGGACGUCGACCGGCGCGCGUACAAGUACCUGCUAACCCGUUGCGAACUCAUACGUGCUUCAUACAACAAAACUAAUAACGAUACAGAACAAAACGGCCCUGAAUCUACACACAGGAAAAAUAUCAAACUGUUGAAGGAAUGUGAAGUACAAAUAUUGGAAGGUGCCAUAAAAUAUCUUGAGAACGUUUUACAAAAACUACCCACCGUGAAAUAACAAUUAUAGGAUAAAUUUAAAACUAAAGAUCUGAGUUUGAAUCUAUUGCUAUCAGUAUUUUGUCACAAAGUAGUUGUAAGUAAAAUUAAUCAACGAUACCUACUAUGAUGUAAGAUUAUUCCCCAUGACAAUGCUUCAGUUUUUAUUUUGUGUUAUUGUGUUUUAUAUUAUAUUGUUUUUUUUUUCUUUAUUGUAAACCGUGUGCAAUUUUGUUUUAAUUAAACUUAAAGUUGUUAUAA